GGAGACACCAGCCUUGAUCCCAGCGCCGCCCGUGGAAGAGGCAGCUGAGGAGGAGAGGGAGGAGGUGCCAUAUGUCAUCCCGCAGCGGCACGUGGAGAAGAAGGAGAUCAAGGUGGUUGAAAGGGAGGUCAUUCCGCCCGUUGCAGAACCAUCCAGCAGCAGCAGGCGUCCGGCUCUGCCAGCGGAGGCGGCAUUCCUGACACCGUUGUUGGAAGUGCCCGUGGUUAUGGAUUCGCAUGGGGCAGAUGGCUGGGACUGCUUCACCUUGCGCGGCGGGCAGACGGUGUGG